AUGUCCCACUGGGGCAGGUUGGCUCACCCGAAACAGAGAGGAAGAGGAGUCAAACAUCACCGCUGUCAGCACUGUGACAAAACCUUCACCGCAUCAGGAUAUUUAAAGAUCCAUCGGAGAGUUCACACUGGAGAGAAGCCGUACAGCUGUGAUCUAUGUGGGGCAGCUUUCACACAACAGAGUUCCCUAAAAACACAUCAACACAUUCACACUGGAGAGAAGCCAUACAGCUGUGAUCUAUGUGGAGCAGCUUUCACACAGCAGAGUACCCGAAAAAGACAUCAACGCAUUCACACUGGAGAGAAGCCGUACAGCUGUGAUCAAUGUGGGGAAACAUUUUCUCAGAGUGGUACCCUAAAAAAACAUCAACGCAUUCACACUGGAGAGAAGCCGUACAGCUGUGAUCAAUGUGGGGAAUCUUUUUCUUGUAGUAGUAGUCUGAAAUCUCACCAGCGCAUUCACACUGGAGAGAAACCGUACUGGUGUGAACAAUGUGGGGAAACGUUUUCUCAGAGUGGUCACCUUAAAUCUCACCAUCUCACCCACACUGGAGAGAAACCGUACAGCUGUGAUCAAUGUGGGGAAACAUUUUCUCAGAGUAGUACCCUUAACUCUCACCAGCGCAUUCACACUGGAGAGAAGGCGUACAGCUGUGAACAAUGUGGGAAAACGUUUUCUCGGAGUAGUAACCUUAAAAUUCACCAGCGCAUUCACACUAGAGAGAGGGCGUACAGCUGUGAACAAUGUGGGAAAACCUUUUCUCAGAGUGGUCACCUUAAAAGACACCAUCUCAUCCACACUGCCUCUUUGUGA